CCCGACUCAGCAGGAAGGAGCCUACCAAGGGAGGAUCCUUGACUUUGGGAUACAGCCGGAGAUUGCCGCCUGCUUUUAUUGCACCAUGUUGCUUUAAUAAAGUUAAAAAAAAAAAAAAAGUUGAACCAGCCUCCUCAUAUCAUCACGGAUUUACGGAAAGAUGGCGGCGCAAACAGACCGUGGUGUCCCGCUCAGUACGCUUUGUCCCAAGUAUCUUCAUGCGAAUUCCACCAGCCACACAGGGCCCUUCAGUGCAAUCGCUGAGCUUGUAGACAAUGCCUAUGAUCCAGAUGUCAAUGCCAAACAGUUCUGGAUUGAUAAGACUUUGAUCAAUGGAAAAGAAUGCCUCACUUUCAUGGAUAAUGGAAAUGGACUGGACCAUGAAACGAUGCAUAAGAUGCUCAGCUUUGGAUACAGUGACAAGACUGCCAUAAAGGGUAUAACUCCGAUUGGUAUGUAUGGCAACGGUUUCAAGUCUGGAUCCAUGCGUCUCGGCAAAGACGCCAUCGUGUUUUCUAAGUCAAAGAGAGCCUCGUGUGUUGGGAUGCUCUCUCAGACCUACCUGGAAAAGAUUGGUGCCAACCAAAUAAGUGUUCCUAUUAUCUGCUUUGAAAAGGGAGAAGCCAACAAGGUCGUUGUAAGAGAGGAGCAGGAAACCAGUCUGCAGGACAUCUUGCGCUAUUCCCCUUUCAACACACAGGAAGAACUGCUCAUUGAGAUCGACGCUAUCAAUUCCCUCUUGUCCAAGGAGAAAACUGGCACACGGAUCAUCAUUUGGAAUAUCCGCAGUACAUCUACAAGGACGACCGAGUUUGAUUUUGAGAAGGACCGUUAUGAUAUCCGGAUACCAUCUGAUGUCUUUGAGACCACAAAUGACAAUCCUCAACAUCAAGAACGGGCUGCGUCAUACAUCCCUGAGAGUUGUUACUCGUUGCGGGCUUAUUGCAGUAUUCUCUACCUGAAGCCUCGGAUGCAGAUCAUCAUACGUGGUCAGAAGGUGAAAUCUCAGCUCAUUGCUAAGAGUCUGGCCCAUGUCAGAAAGGACCACUACAAGCCAAACUUCCUGGACAACAAACGCAUUCCUAUCAUUUUUGGCUAUAACACCAAAAGCAAAGAUCAGUAUGGCAUUAUGAUGUAUCACAAAAAUCGUCUCAUCAAAGCCUACGAGCGUGUUGGCUGCCAGCUCAAGGCCAACAACAAAGGUGUUGGGGUCAUUGGUGUCAUAGAGUGUUACUUCCUGGAACCAACCCACAACAAACAGAGCUUUAAUGAGACGGAUAAGUACAGGAAAACUAUAACUAAUUUGGGGACCAAACUGGAGGAGUACUGGAAUGAAAUUCGCCACUUGAAAAACCAAGAGGAUCCAAACAGCACAACACCAGUGGAAGAUACAAAGAAGCGACCAGAUCAGAACUGGGUGCAGUGUGAUGAUUGUUUGCAAUGGCGCAAACUCCCUGAUGGGAUCGACUGUGAGAAGCUGCCAGAAAAGUGGUUCUGCCGUAUGAACCCAGAUCCUCAGUACAGGAGCUGCCGCGCUGAUCAGGAGGCUGUGGACUCUGAUGAUGAUCAACCUUCAUACCAAAAGACCUAUAAACGACAGAGAUAUCAAGAGAUGGAAAGACUAAGGGCUGAGGAGGAGCGAAAACGUCAGCAUUUGGCUAAUCUCGCCAAGCAAAAACAGGCCCAGUUACGGCUGCAGAACAAGCCACCUAUCACCCUCACUACUCCAAGGAGCAGAUUUACCACUGGGCUGACACAAGGGGGGGCUGUAAGGGCUGAAUCCUCUGCGUUGAGGUCCUCCACCCUAUCACAGGCUGCUUGCAGUCCAUCCAGUAGCGGCGGUCUUCCAGUUAUAUCCAGUGUGGUCUCACUGUCACCAAGCACCCUGAGGGGGAAAAGAACACAGUCUGUAACUCCAGGAGCAACACCCAAGAGACCUAAAAUGAAUGGCAUUUCCAAACGCACCUUGGACACAUCCACAUCAGUGAAUGUGAGCGCACCAAGCUCCCCAUCAUUGCUCGAUGAUAAUAAUGAUACUGAUGAUACUGAUGAUGAAAUUUGCAUCUUGGAGAGUGCCAGUACGCCCAAGCCAGUAAAGCCGAGCUUUGAUUUGGCUAAAGUGAAAACGGAACAAGCGCAGACUGAAGCUAACGAGUGCAUGCUGUUGGAGUGCAGCGAAGAUGCUGCUAUUGAUGACGCCUCUGAGACGAAUGUUGCAGGACAGAGUUCUGUAGCAUCAGCCGCUGUGGGAACCGGUCCCUCACCAGCGCCCUGUGCAGAAGUAGCCAGCAUCACCACACAGACAGAAGUACCCAGAGUGAAACAGGAACCCACUCAAACUGAAGCGGAGGAGAGAGCAGGGCAGAGUACACCUCAUAAGAAUGUUUCAGUGCAGAGUUCAAAUGUGGCCAUUGGCAUCUGCAGCUUUAAACAAGAGAGCAAUGGAGACUGUCCCAGUGAGAAUCAAAGGGAGCAGACCCUGCAGAACGGAGUGAAACAUCAUUCGGAUAGUGAAGAGGCAGGACCUUCCUGUUUAAAUGCUUGUGAGAAAAAAGACUCUCCUCUUCACUACCCCAGUAUGACUGAGGUACAGGAACAGCAGGACCAGCUGCUAGAUCUUAUGCAGGCUACAGCUCAGGAGAGAGACUCCUUUAAAGAGAAGGUACAUACACUCACCUGCCAACUGCAAGACAUGCAGAGCAGACUGCAGGAGCUGUCUCAGAUCAAUGUAAAGAAGGAGUGUUCUCACCAGGCCUGCCAGACGGAGAAAACUGAGGGGGAGGAGGACUACAAAGGUCUUUUUGAGAGGGCCAAACAGAAAGUCGAUCAACUGAUUAAGGAUAAAGAGGCUUUACUGGCAGCCGCUGAUGCCAGGGCCUGUACUACCCAAAAUGCAGAAACGGAAAAUGAUGAGAUUGCAAUAGAAGUUGAUCGUCUGCUCCGGGAACUGGAUCAAAGAAACAAGGAGAAGGAUGAACUGCGCUCACAGUUGGACAGUCUGGAGCAGGAAAAGACAAACCUGGCAUCCCAGUGUGAAGAGCUCAGGUUGAGCCUGCAGGAGCAGAAGAAAAUGCUACAAGAGAGAAGCACAACUGCACAAACUAAUCCAGAGGAGGCAGCAGGGACAUCAGGCUCUGGCACAGAUUCAAGCUCUGAUACGUCCAAAAGCAGUUUGAUAGAGCUGAGGCACAACAUCGGGCGGCUUCUCAUCUCCUUCGUGCCUUAUCUGGACCUCAACCAAGUGAAUUUUGAGUGUAAUGUAAUUGAUGAGAUCCUAGAACAGUAUCUCACUGAAGCUGGAUCCGUCACACCUGACAUGAUGAACGGAAUGUUUGAUGAUUAAACAAAUCGUAGAAUGUAUGAAACAAUUUUAUAUGCAUAUAAAAUAAUGUCUUAUUUAUUUGAAGGUUUGUACAUAGUUACACUGGGCAGUUUACAGUAUUUCUUAAUUUUAACAGACAAAUCCUGUUAUAAAAGCAAUAUAUACAAUUAAAUGACAUUGUACAUUAAUGUAUGUUUAAGGCCUUUCACUCUGCUUUUAAGAUUUCUGCUUAGAAUUAUAGAUUUGCUUUGUAAAGUUUCAAAAAUUUCAAAAUUUCAUUUUGUUUCUGUUUUACAAUGACCACUGAUUGUUUACUCCUUUGUUUUAAUUGAAUCAUGUAUUGUAUUGUUUUUUGUCAAAUAUAUUUUUCUACUCCCCG